AGUUUUUAUUAAUAUAAAAAUAGUACAGAAGUUAGAAUCUUAAAUUAAGGCUAUUUUCGAUGAAAUAUUUUGAGAAUAUGUCUAUUUAUCUUACUGUAAACACGUUAAUAAAAAUAAAUAUUUUUUUGAAAAUUGAAUAUAAGUAAGCGCGGCUUUUAUCAUGGAUUAUCGAGGAUAUGAUACUUUUAAUUUUAUUAUGUAUCUUAUCUUAAAUAAAAAUUUUAUUGUUUGACAAUAAUAGAAUAAUUAUUUUAAAUCAUGAUUUCGACGGAGAUUAAAGAUAUAUUAGCAACGUCAGCAUCAAUAUGUACAAUUUUACAAUUUUUAGCUGGCGUGUUAGUUUGCAGAAAAUAUAUUAAAAAUGGUACAACUGGCGAUUCUUCAAGUUUAGCAUUUAUAACAUGUUAUAUGUCGUGUAGCUUGUGGCUGAGAUAUGGACUCUUAAUUGGUGAUUCCUUUAUAGUAUUUGUAAAUAUUUUUGGAACAAUAUUGCAAGUAUGCUAUGUUCUUAUAUUUAUGCUAUACAGUGUAAAAAAAUCAGUAACACUAAGACAGUUUGCAGCAGCAACUUGCUUCCUUGCAAUCAUUUAUUUUUAUGUUGCUUAUGAAACAAAUAAAGAAAUUGCUGCAAAAUAUAUUGGUUUAAUAAGCUGUAGUGUUACUAUUCUCUUUUUUGCAUCACCUUUAGUUAUGUUGACACAUGUCUUAAGGAUCAAGAACACAGAAAGUUUACCAUUUCCAAUUAUAUUAGCUUCUUUAAUAGUAUCUUGCCAAUGGUUUUUAUAUGGCUAUCUAAUCAAUGACCGGUUUAUUCAAAUGCCGAACUUAAUGGGUUGCAUUUUAUCUGCAUUUCAAUUAUCUUUAUUUUGUUUGUAUCCUAAUAAACGAGUUGAUCAAAUACCUUUGGUAUAAGCAAAUAUUGAUCAAACAUAUUUUAUAUAAAAAUGUGUGAUAUAAGUAAAUAUAGAAAUUACAUAAUUAUAAGUAAAUAUUUAAGAUAAAAUUAAGCUAAAUACCAAA